UUUCUCCGCCUCCCAUUGGGCGUGGGCCGAGAAGGCAGGGUCUGGCUCCCCACGCCGAUUGGCUGGCAGAGAAUCAGUAUCAAUGUUUAAGCGGCGGCGUGAGGUGAAUAGAGUCAGUCAGCAAGAGACGCUGGGGAGAGAAUCCGGACUGCGAGCCCGGCGGCUGCCGCAGCGGAGGAGGGCGGCUCGGAGACGCUACUCCAACUGUUGAAUUGAAUUUUCACCUUCCAUUUCCUCCGCGUCUUGGCUGGCGGAGAUGGAUUUAUUCGGUUUGAAACCUGCUCGUCUUUCUCAGGCUUUGGGGUGAUCCUGACGGGCACCGCACCAGACUGAAAGAGACCACUCGUGACAGAAAAAAAAAAAAGGAGGAAUUAAAAAAAAAAAACCCUCCACAACAGACUGCACAAUUAGCUAUGCACACCGAUGCUGGACUUUGUGAGCAGAGACCGUUGGGAGGAAAAUCUUGAACUAUGAUCCUGGGCUAAGCUGUGAAUCAUUACUGGAAACGUGCCCCCACCCCUAAGACUGAGAGAUUUGGGGGCAUCUCACGCCUAACCAAGUGGAAAGGUUUUUUUAAAAAAAAACAAAUAAAUAUUCGUAAGCAAAGCAGACGCCUUGUUUUGCAGAACCUCGGACUCCCGGCCGAAAGAGGUAGAGUAAAAGUGUUCCUGGAUUCAGCUUUGCCUCCCUCCCCCAACGCUCUUUUUCUCGUUUUCUCCCCCCACCACCCACCCCACCCCCGACGUGAAUCCGGCUUUUUUUGUUUUUUUGAUUUUUGUUUUUGUUUUUGUUUUUGUUUUUUUCCUAUUGAGUGAGUCAGAGAAAGCCUUAAGAAGAAGCCUCAACUAAUGUCUGUGAAGGGAGGACCGUGAGGGGAGAGUGAAUACGAUUCGUUCCGCUGCUUCUGACUCAUCCCGCAGAUCAGAACACCUGCAUUUCUGGAUGUGUCAUUCCCGUAGACCGAGGCGCCUGGAGAAGCGGAAAUAAUGUGUAGAUCAACCCGUGCCUAACCUCCCCUCGGAGGUGGAGGAGGUAGUUUCCCCGGGUGGGCGCCCUGGCAGAACCGCGGUGGCUGCAGGUCCUCACCCUCUCUGCCUUUCCCCAAGUCGACCAGAGACCGUGAGAGCCAGAUUGCAGAAUGCAUCACGCCAAGUCUUGAUGUAUCCCAUCCUCCCUACUCCUCCAAUUUAAAAUAAUAAUAAUAAUAAUAAUAAUAAUAAUAAUAAUAAUAAUAAUAAUGAAAAAAGCCUACACUGUAUUCUCUUCAGAUAUUCACCACUCUUGUGUUCCUCGCCAAGGUUUUCCUUUCUAGAUGAAAAGGACUGGGAGGCUGGGCCACUGGAAGGAGGUGCUGAAUAGAAAGAAAAGAGAGCCACUUGACAGCCCAGCCCUGUGAAUACAGAGACUGUUUCCCUUCUAGCGAGAGACAGGGCGAGUGUGUGUGUGUGCUAGGACUGGGAGGGUAGCUCCCUCCUCCUUUCCAGUCUGCCCUCCCCCUCCCCCUCCCCCUCAAAUCUGCACGUCUGACCAUGAGUUGCCUGUUGAUUUCCUUUCGCCUGGCAAGAGGAGCAAACUGGAAUUAAACUGCAGGGAGAGAAGUCUUCGCUUGCAGGAAGAGGAUGGGAUGGUAGUGGCGGCUCCCGGCUUGGCGUAGAGAGACACCGGAGAGUUCUACGAACAGAGGCGGAGAUCUAUCUCUAUAUUUUCUCCUCCCAAUAGGCUCUCAGCGCAAACGCUGAUCAGGCUGUGGCUUUCUUGAUUUUGGGGGAGAACCUUCUCCGAGGAAGAGAGGGAGGAGCUUGGUAGGGGGGAGGAAACUACAAAUCGGGACACUUUUUUUUUUUUCGCUGCAUUUCCUCCCCUCCCUCUGGCUGCUCGGAAAGAAGAGAGGAGAAGAGAGAGGGAGAGGGAAAAAAAAUACUUGGCUCGGAGAUGCAGUCCGCUGCCGCCGCCGCAGCCUAAGCCAGCAAAGCAAGAUUAGAUCUUUAAAUGCAGCAACACACCGCCUGAAAGCCGAGCAUCCUGAACAGCGAGCAAGACAUUUCUCGGUGCGCCAGGGCAGCCUCAAAUAUACAUAUGUAUCUGUGACUCUUUUCUUCGUCCCUACGCAUUCCCAUCAAUCGCUUCACCGAAUACGAGUAACUAAAGGAUUCCACUUUCUGAUCUGCCUGGAGACACACCUCCCGACGCCCUCCCCCACUCGAUUUGAAGAGUAUUCUGUAGGCUGCCUGAGGGAGUGGAUUUUUGCAGCGCCUAGCGGGAGUGAGGAAAACCCACCAAUUCUUCAGCUCAUUAUCAUCCCUUCCAGACUCGAUUUCCUUUUUAUCGCCAGCCUCAUCGCGCAAGUUUGAACCUCCUGAAGUCCAGGCGGGAGAGACAAAGCCUUGGGCUUGCCCUCAGCCGCAGGGAGUCGCCGCCUUGCUCGGAGCUGCUGCACCUUCGCUGAGCCGCUGCAUCUCUCCCAGUGCGAAUGCUGUAGAUCAACAGGUUCGGGCAACUUGAGCGGAAUAAGGAGAGACUGCCUGGUGCCGCAGCCCGGGUGCGGAGGGAAGGAAAGACUCGCAGACUUGUGGCUCGCUCCGAGCUCUUACGCUCCGCCCCGGUUCCAGACUGGCGCGCACCCACCAGCUAGCACCUCCAGUCCGGCUGCUCCGGUUCCCACCCCACCGGUCUGGGAUGUACCUUUCCAUCUGUUGCUGCUUUCUUCUGUGGGCCCCUGCCCUGACACUCAAAAACCUCAAUUACUCAGUGCCAGAGGAGCAAGGGGCCGGCACGGUGAUUGGCAACAUCGGCAAGGAUGCCCGACUGCAGCCCGGGCUUCUGCCGGCUGAGCGCGGUAGCAGCAGCGGGAGGAGCAAGUCCGGCAGCUACCGGGUGCUGGAGAACUCCGCACCGCAUCUGCUGGACGUGGACGCCGACAGCGGGCUCCUCUACACCAAACAGCGAAUCGACCGGGAGUCCUUAUGCCGCCACAACGCCAAGUGUCAGCUCUCCCUAGAGGUGUUCGCUAACGACAAGGAGAUUUGCAUGAUCAAGGUAGAGAUCCAGGACAUCAACGACAACGCUCCCUCUUUCCCCUCGGAUCAGAUAGAAAUGGACAUCUCAGAGAACGCGGCACCGGGCACCCGCUUCCCCCUUACGAGCGCACACGACCCAGACGCUGGCGAGAACGGGCUCCGCACCUAUCUGCUCACCCGCGAUGAUCACGGCCUCUUUGCCCUGGACGUCAAGUCCCGCGGCGACGGCACAAAGUUCCCAGAGCUGGUCAUCCAAAAGGCACUGGACCGCGAGCUGCAGAACCACCACACUCUGGUGCUGACGGCCCUGGAUGGCGGGGAGCCUCCACGCUCCGCCACCGUGCAGAUCAAUGUGAAGGUGAUCGAUUCCAAUGACAACAGUCCAGUCUUCGAGGCUCCGUCCUACUUGGUGGAACUGCCCGAGAACGCUCCACUGGGCACCGUGGUCAUUGAUCUGAACGCCACCGAUGCUGAUGAAGGUCCCAACGGAGAAGUCCUCUACUCCUUCAGCAGCUAUGUGCCCGACCGCGUGCGGGAGCUCUUCUCCAUCGAUCCUAAAACUGGCCUGAUCCGCGUUAAGGGCAACCUGGACUAUGAGGAGAACGGCAUGUUGGAGAUCGAUGUGCAGGCCAGAGACCUAGGACCUAACCCAAUCCCAGCCCAUUGCAAGGUCACAGUCAAGCUUAUCGACCGCAACGAUAACGCGCCGUCCAUUGGUUUCGUCUCCGUGCGCCAGGGGGCGCUGAGUGAGGCCGCCCCGCCUGGCACAGUCAUCGCCCUAGUUCGGGUCACUGACCGGGACUCAGGCAAGAAUGGGCAGCUUCAGUGUAGGGUUCUAGGUGGAGGAGGGACUGGAGGUGGCCUGGGGGGUCCCGGUUCCGUCCCCUUCAAGCUUGAAGAGAACUAUGACAACUUCUACACCGUGGUGACUGACCGUCCACUGGACCGUGAGACACAAGACGAAUACAAUGUGACCAUUGUGGCCCGGGACGGGGGCUCCCCUCCACUCAACUCCACCAAGUCGUUCACUGUCAAGAUUCUGGAUGAGAAUGACAAUCCUCCUCGGUUCACCAAAGGACUGUACGUGCUCCAAGUACAUGAGAACAACAUUCCAGGAGAAUACCUCGGGUCAGUGCUCGCCCAGGAUCCCGACCUGGGCCAAAACGGGACAGUGUCAUACUCCAUUCUUCCUUCACACAUCGGUGACGUGUCUAUUUACACCUAUGUGUCGGUGAACCCCACUAACGGGGCCAUAUAUGCCCUGCGCUCCUUUAACUAUGAACAAACGAAGGCUUUUGAAUUCAAAGUGCUGGCUAAGGACUCAGGGGCGCCAGCGCACCUGGAGAGCAACGCCACGGUGAGGGUGACGGUGUUAGACGUGAAUGACAACGCUCCAGUGAUUGUGCUUCCCACUCUACAGAACGACACAGCUGAGCUGCAGGUCCCGCGCAAUGCUGGCCUGGGGUACCUGGUAAGCACCGUGCGCGCCCUGGACAGCGACUUUGGAGAGAGCGGGCGCCUCACCUAUGAGAUUGUGGAUGGCAAUGAUGACAACCUGUUUGAGAUCGAUCCGUCCAGCGGCGAGAUACGCACACUGCACCCCUUCUGGGAGGAUGUGACCCCCGUGGUGGAGCUCGUGGUGAAGGUGACCGAUCAUGGCAAGCCCACCCUGUCCGCCGUGGCCAAACUUAUCAUUCGUUCAGUGAGCGGUUCCCUGCCUGAAGGGGUACCGCGAGUGAAUGGUGAGCAGCACCACUGGGACGUGUCGUUGCCUCUCAUAGUGACACUGAGCACGAUUUCCAUCAUCCUCCUAGCGGCCAUGAUCACCAUCGCUGUCAAGUGUAAACGGGAAAACAAGGAGAUCCGCACUUACAACUGCCGCAUCGCCGAGUACAGCCACCCUCAGCUAGGCGGAGGGAAGGGCAAGAAGAAGAAAAUCAACAAAAACGAUAUCAUGCUGGUGCAGAGCGAGGUGGAGGAGAGGAACGCCAUGAACGUCAUGAACGUGGUGAGCAGUCCCUCCCUGGCCACCUCCCCUGUGUACUUCGACUACCAAACCCGCCUGCCCCUCAGCUCGCCCCGGUCAGAGGUGAUGUAUCUUAAGCCAGCCUCCAACAACCUGACUGUCCCGCAGGGGCACGCAGGCUGCCACACCAGCUUCACCGGACAAGGGACUAAUUCGAGCGAGACCCCUGCCACUCGGAUGUCCAUAAUUCAGACAGACAAUUUUCCCGCAGAGCCCAAUUACAUGGGCAGCAGGCAGCAGUUUGUUCAAAGCUCCACGUUUAAGGACCCAGAAAGAGCCAGCCUGCGGGACAGUGGGCAUGGGGACAGCGAUCAGGCGGACAGUGACCAAGACACUAACAAAGGCUCCUGCUGUGACAUGUCGGUUAGGGAGGCACUCAAGAUGAAAACUACUUCAACUAAAAGUCAGCCACUUGAACAAGCAUUCCCGACUUUGCUUUCCUUUGCUAUCCUCACCCUACACACCAUCACUACUAGACUUCAGUCUGUUGAUCCACUUCCUCCAGAACCAGAAGAGUGCAUUAAUUGCACAGAUGAAUGCCGAGUGCUUGGUCAUUCUGAUAGGUGUUGGAUGCCACAGUUCCCUGCAACCAAUCAGGCUGAAAAUGCAGAUUACCGCACAAAUCUCUUUGUACCCACAGUUGAAGCUAACGUUGAGACUGAGACUUAUGAAACUGUGAAUCCCACUGGGAAAAAGACUUUUUGUACAUUUGGAAAAGACAAGCGAGAGCACACUAUUCUCAUUGCCAAUGUGAAACCUUAUUUAAAAGCCAAACGUGCCCUGAGCCCUCUCCUCCAAGAGGUCCCCUCAGCAUCUAACAGCCCAACCAAGGCAUGCAUUGAGCCUUGCGCCUCAACAAAAGGCACCCUGGAUGGUUGUGAAGUGAAACCAGGAGCCUUAGCAGAAGCAAGCAGCUCCUACCUGCCUACUGACAGUCAGUACCCGUCACCCAGUAAGCAACCAAGAGACCCUUCCUUCGUGGCUUCUGAUCAGAUGGCAAGGGUCUUUGCGGAUGUGCAUUCCAGAGCCAGUAGGGAUUCCAGCGAGAUGGGAGCUGUGUUGGAGCAGCUGGAUCACCCCAACAGAGAUCUGGGCAGAGAGUCGGUGGAUGCUGAAGAAGUUGUGAGAGAGAUUGAUAAGCUCUUGCAGGACUGCCGGGGAAAUGACCCUGUGGCUGUGAGAAAGUGAGGGGGAAAAGGCAUUGGUGUUUUCUUGUCUCUUCUGUUGAUUUGAAAAUGACCACUCCCGGUGAAAACCCUUUUUACAGGGAUGGCAAAGGACCAGUGCUGCUUUAAGGCUUUUAGUGAACAUCUGAAGUGCCCACAAGUAUGUUCUUUUCACUGCUGUUUCUUUUACAGAAAUAACAAUGGUUUUGACCAAACUUAUAUUAGGACAGAAUUAAUGAUGCUUAAGGAGAAAGGAGAAAAGAGAGAGAGAAGAAAUUGGAGAGACGAAAAAAGGAUGAGACAAGUUACCUUUUGACAAUCUGUUAGGAAGGUAUGCAGUGUGAAACUUAACGUAUUUCUGAUCACUCUAAGACUGUCCUCCCACAAGAUCGAUGCUGACUUAACUGUUUACCUAUAAACCCAUACAAAGCAGGGUCAUAUUUGUUAUCUGUGGUGGACUACUAGCUGACAUCACAGGCUUCUACUGAAAGUCCUGAAAAGACCUUGCGGUAGUCCAAGCUACACCAAACAUUAACACAUAUUUGUGGUAAACAUUUCUGUAUAAAGUACCUGCCAAGCAUAGAAACACAAAGACCAUUCCAUACCAUUAGUCAGAAAGCAAAAGAAAAAAUAUGUAAUAAUAACAAAACAGAAAAAAAAAAGACAAAACAACAAAAACCCUUGGUCAUUUGUAAGACACCUCAUGUCAUUUAAAAGUUCAAUGUAAAAAGAUAUAGUCUGUGUUGUCCUGAACACAUGUAGACCUAUUCACUUCAUUAAAAAAGAAAAUUCUGAAAAUUUAAAAAUGUCUAUUUAGCAUUUUAGUGUCCAACAAAGAUAUAAAUAACAGUGAGCUUGUUUUACAUUUGAACAGUUCUGAAUUAUGGGUUAUCAUUGAGUAGUGGUACUGAGAGAAAAUUAACAUAACUAAAAUGUUUUACUCAUUUUUGGACACUAAAAUAGCUCAGGAACGUGAACAAAAAUGUCUUAGACAUAACAAAUCACCUGACCAUUUAAAUGUGCAGAUGUAAGAAGAUUCAAUGUGUUUACAUCAAAUGACAUAUUUUUAUUGAUUUAUUGCAGAUUCCGUGCAUAUGAGCCAAAUUGUUGAGUGUAUAAGAGCUAUAUUGUGUAUUUUAUUAAAUUAAUAUAUAGUUGUGUUGCAAAACUAUUUGGGCUUAUAUUGUAAAUGGCGAGUGUUGCCUCGGUAGCUGUCGAACUCUAUGAGUUUUGUUUUUUCCUGCUUCCCCAUGGAGCGUGGGGAGCAGGGCCUCAGAGCAAAGUCUCUUGUUUAAUGUAUAGUCUACCAAGUAUACAGUACACAAUUCUGUUCAAAAUGUGUUUGAGUGAGCUGAUGGAGCUAACUGAAAGGUCAGAAAAAUACAUCUGUCAGUCAUAGUUCUGUGCAAGUCCUUGUAGAAAGCUUUGAUUAAAGUCAUGUUUAAUCACCAAAAUUACUACAUUUGUACCAAUACCUGUAAGUUUCCCUGCCCCCUUGUUUUCAAUAACAUGAAGCUUUUGCCUAUGUAGAUAUCAAAACAUCGGUUGGUUCUCAAAGUAUCUUCAGUGGUUCCGGUGUGUGUACACAUCAUAUUGGUAAAUGUAUGAAAUGUUCUAAUGCAUGUGUAGUGCCAGUGCUGCUUACAUGCAUUGUGUACUGUGUGUUUCAAGAGGUCUGGGUCUGAAACAAAAUGUUUUUUCCUUUAUCUCCGUGUUCUUCUGCCUGUUUUUAUUCAUGUUCUUUGAGAACAAUACCUAUUAUUCCAUCAUCGGGUUACACCUUUACUUGUGGAAUUUAGCAAGUUUCCAACUUACUUCCUUAUGAGGCUAAGACAACUCUAAUUUCAGGAAUUGGAAAAAAUAAAAUUAGCACUCACAGAAGUAGUAGCAGAUGGGGAAAUGCCUUGAUUGACAUUUUCCUUCAGCAUUUAAUUUUUUUUAUUUUUUUAUUUUUUUUAUUUUAUUAUUAUUAUUUUUAUUUUAUCUUAUUUUAUUUAUUAUUAUUAUUAUUUUUUUUUUGGCAUUUAACAGCUUCAUGGCAAACAGUUUGAGCCCAUACCUUGGAAAAUGUGGUGCUGAGUUAAAUAAAGGCUGUUUGUGCUCUGGAGCAAGAAAAAAAAAAUUAUUAUUUGUAAACUGGGAGGGAUUUCUGUGCCUUCUUUUCUAGCCACCAAGCCAGUGUAGAAACAGUAUAAAUGUCAAGAAAAUAAUAAUAACCUUAUACUAAAAACAAACAGGAAAGCAAAACAAACUUUGAACUAAAUUAAGUUUUAUAAUUAAUAAAAAAAUCUGCUGGAAAUAUUUCCAUCAUUUCAGGAAAGUUUUAGAUUGUACCUCUUUCGAAAAAUUGCUUUGGGGUUAAGAAUGGAUGACCCCCCUCAGCCUUAUUCUCUUGAGAACUGCAUUGGGUUCUUGGUAAGAGCCUUCCUCCAUCUCUACUCCUGCUUUUUGUUAUCCAUCCAUGCUGAAAUUAGAAGAAAGGGGAUCUUGUACAUGUGAAACCCAACUGACACUAUAUUUAGGACCAUUUAUGUAUCUACAAUGAGUGUCUCGUUUCUAUGAUGUUACUUUUACCAGGAGACUACAAAUUGAUUUAGCUUGAUAGAUAGUUGAAAGUUGCUGAAAAACUGUUUCCAUUUAGUCAUUCUGAGCUUUGCCUUUCUCUCACUAUUCAGAUAACCACUUUAGGGACAUCUAAAGCAGUGUGCAAAUAAACUCAACAGGAACGAUAGGUUUAUUUUUAAAACUUCUUUGUUCUAAGUAACCAGCUGUUCAAUAUAUUGUUAAGCGUCAGAAACACUGAAACUACAUACAAGUCUCAGAAUUGGUUGUGCCAACAUGCGAGGGAUUGACUCUAAGCUGUCACCGGUGGUCUGCUAGUGUUAGCUGUUUAAUACAUUAUCUGUACUUAGUAGUGACUAUUUAUUUACAAGUUGGUGGUAGUUCAAGUCAGGACUCUGAGCUUUUAUAGUUGAGGCAAUCUUAUUUUUAUUCAUCUCCCUGGGACCUGCCUUUAACACAGAACUCUGGUGCUUGGCUUUCAAAGAAGCCUUUGCGAUGCCAAAAUCAUACCUUUGGGGAAACAAUGGCUGUAAUGGAUAGUACAUAAUUGGGGAGAGUUGAGGAGCUUUCUGGAAUUUAGAAUGCUUUACACACACACGCGCGCACACACACACACACACACACACACACACACACGAUGAAAAGAAAAGAACUCCUUUAAUUCUUUAGAGGUAUUUAAGCAGAGGAAAACUGUCUAUUUUGGGGAAUUUUAGUAAAAGACACAAAAUGAAAAAAAAGGCAUCGUGGUGAACUAAAGAUAAAACAUCAGUAAAGAAAUAUUUUCCCCAGUUAAUGAUGAAAAUAUUUUCAUUAAGAUUCAACAUAGUAAGAAUCACUGUUAUGCUAUAUCAAAGCAAACACUGAAGAGACUUCUAUAAUCUCAAAGAAGAUUGUCACAUUGUUUCCUUACCAGACAGCCUUAUCCUUAUGGCAAACAACACAAAAAAACUAGACCUUGUUCCAUCGAUUCACUGAAUUACCGGGAGAGAAAUUGAUUGUUGCUUUCCUGAAAUUGCCUGGGCACUUGUAAAACAUGACUUUCCUUUUAAGGAUGUAGGCACUGCUAAAAUUAAAAAAAAAAAAAAAUGGCACCAUAAAAAAAAGUCAUGUAGUAAUGAGCAGUAUGCUUUAUGAGAACCAGGUUAAAAGCUGUUUGUUGUCUAAUGGAGUGGAAUCUGCUGGGGUCAUCAAAUAGACCAAGGACUGGCAUACUAUAUGCCUACUCAUUAUUGUCUAAUUAUAUUCUUUUGACAAGAGGCAGCAUUUACCAGAGCAUUAAUUCCAUCGGAGUUUUGGCUAUCAAGAUGUGUUGAUUUGAAACAUAAUUGAAUGAGGCCUGAUUAAAGUCUGACUCUCCAGGCCCCCGUGUUUUUGCAGGUUAGCUAUGUGCAUUUACCAGUCCCAUCGUUUCAUAAGGUUCUUCGCUGCACCAAGUGAUUGUUGAACAAUGGCGACGACAACAACAAAAGCAGCAUACAUUGUAUGGAUUUAUCUCAACGCUAUUGUUUAAUGGCUGUGUUUCAUGUGACCUGUCUGGAAAAUGAGGACUCCGAAUAAAAGCUAUUACUAAUA